CAUUUUCAAUACAAUUUUAUGAACCUGCAUAGGGUAUCAUGGAACGAAUGAAUGAAAAAUAUAUUUCCUCAGCACUGCUGUCUAGCUACCUAUGUAGAUUGUAUUGUUUGACUUUGAAGGUUAGUCAACUACUCAAGCCAACUCUCAGUUGUUUACAUAUAUCUAUGCUAUUAAUAAAUACAAGUAUAUUUACGACAUUUCAGCAAUACAAUACCCAUAUUAACAACGCAUCGGAACGCUUUUUACGACAAUAGUUGCACUUAGGAUCCUUCCGUGCGGGACAUGCGGACCGCUUUCUGGAAGGGAAACUUCCUGCACCCGUUGCCUUGGCGACAUGUCAACAAUGAAACCGAGAAAGCUUGGAGGAGCAAAGAUGCCGGUGUACACUAGGAAGGACCCUAAAGGAAUCCCAGAGCCUUGGGACUCCGAGGACAGCGCGGAUGAGGAGCGCGUUCCCGACCUGCUGCAUGACUCCUUGCCACAGCCCUUCCGCAUGAUAGGCAAGGUGCUGGAGGGCGUCCUCGACGCGGCAUGGGGCGUCAUCUCAGAGAAAGAGGCCGCCAGAGUGGCCGAGCAGACCAGGAGAAAAAUCCCACAGGUGGAGUUUUCAGAUGAAAUUAAGCUUCCAGUGAAAGCGAACUGUCUGGCAUGCACGGAUGAUGGGAAGUACGUAUUUGUGGGAUUUUCCUGUGGGAUUUCUGCGAUCACUGCCGUCGGUCAUGUGCGCACUGCCACGUGGGAGCAGGGCAGGGUUGAAAUCAUCUCCAUUCAUUGCACCUGUCUUGGAGAGAUGGCUUAUCUCAUAGCUACCGUGGAUGACAUGGGUGUAUCCCGAGUUUUCGCUUAUUAUGCUGAUUAUAUUUACCUAAUGAAGUUAAUCAACGAGACAAAAGAAAUAAAUCAGAGAAACAACUGUACAAAGAUUGAACUGUCUGAAGGUGGGAAUUACGCGGCCGUUAUGAUGGAAUGCAAUGGCGAUUCUUGGAUUGAAAUGAAUCGGUUCCCUAAAGUGUCAUGGCUGAAAGAGCUGGAAGGUUUGCAUGCAGCGUCAGGCAACCAGGUGACAAAUACGUCUGGAACAGAAGUUGCAAAAUUUUCACCAGUGGUAACGGUGCUAAAAAUCAAGACACCUGACAUGCUUUCAGGCACAUCUUUAAAAUGCCCAUUUGAGGUGUUACAGAAGACUGCAUGCAGCUCCGUGAUUGGUUCCGGUCAGAAUCACAUGAUCAGUUCUCAACAGUGGGCGGAGCAGAGGGCACUGUAUAAAUUAGUGCACAGCAAAUAUCUGGGCACAGGCACGUGUGAGAUGGAGGCAAGAGCUCGCCUGGGUAGUCUCUACUUCCUCCUUCCUGGAGGAUUGUCCACCGUCACAGACGGGACCAGAAGUCUGCAAGGUCCACCUAGUGCUGUCUACGUAUGGUGGAGAGGCGAUCAUAAUCUUUACCAGUACCUGCUGCACACAAGAGCUAAAGAGAAGACAGAUGAUGAAGCCAAACCCAGUGAGGUGUGGUCAAAUGCUCAGGAGAUCGUCUGCUCGGCUAUCAGCAGAUGCACUCGUCACAUUGCACUCGGGCUAAUGGGGGGGUUAGUCGCCAUGUGGGACCGGCGUCUAGGUCUUCCCUGGUCUGUCCUCUCUGUCCCUGCAGACAGCCCUUUCAGCAAGCUGCACUUCCUGGACUGUCUACCCUUUCCCCAAGAUCCUUUUCUUCCCAAGAUGCACUUUUUGGUGACCUGCAAGAAUGGCGAUUGUCGUGUGAUCACUGCAGGCAGGGGGAUGGAUUCCCAGGUGACGCGGCUGUGUGGGAGACCUGGAGACGCAGAGGCUCCGCCCACAGAGGUUCUGUCAGUCCACUUUCUACAGAUGUUGGUUCUCCUCAUGUACAGAAAUGGAACCAUCGUGCUGCUGGACACUUCGGAUGACAUAGUUGUGGCCAGCUUGGUUCUGCCGCCUAACCACUGCCUCGCAACUCCAUGGAGCCCAGUAUAUACACUGGAUCCAGUGAACCAGAACUUGUUUGUUCGAGGGCGCUGACUCUCGAGGACAGAAGCGUGGCUGUUAGGCCGAGCUGGAUGCAAAUGCAGCAGUGCAGUGCCCCUGUUUCGGGGAAUGACUGGAGACCCCUGAGGGAGUCGAUGUCCCUGAAUGCUGGAUAAGAUGCAGGUGUGUUGGGCAGAGUGAGGGUAACCAUGUACAGUCCAGCUCCAUGGUACAUGCACUGCAUCUCCGCAUUGCACAGUGUCACUGCUAACCCUGAAAUAACUUCCAGCCAGGUUACUAGCUGCCACACAGUACUGUUAUGGACUCUGUGCUAGAUGUGUGACGCUGUAUUUCCUGUGCACUUCCUGUAUGCUGCUAAUUCUGCUGUGUUCAUUGGUGUCACAAGCUUUGGCUUUGAGUGACAUUGGAGAGUCUUUUAUGGUAUGAUUUUAGUUCUGUGAUCGAGUGUCAUCUUCAAUGACAGGGAGGGAGAACAAUGAGUUUAUUUUAAACAUCUGAUACUUUCAGCUUUUUAUAUAAACGUUCAUCCGGUUAUUGCUUGGCCUUUGUACUUUUUUCAAGUCACUCAGAUCUGCUAAUUUUUACUCGUCUAAUUACAUUAAUUGCUUCACGUCACAUGACUCCGUUUUAAAAAAGGACGAUGAUAAUGGAGGAGGAUGAUCUCCCAUAGCACUCUAGUGGUCUGAAGCUGCCUGCUUCCCACCGCCUGUCAGCAUGUGUGACAGACUCAUCCUUCCGGACUCCAGUCAGAGUGAUUAUAUUCCUGAAAGCAGUACGUGGCUGCAGUGUUUCGUUUUAAAGGGCAUCCUGAUUUUAUCACUCUAGACUGACUGUACUUGAUAAAUCUCCUUCCUCAUUACCGAUAUACGCUGCAUCCUCAUCACCGAUAUACGCUGCAUCCAGGAUGCUUCUGUCAAGUGUCAAUAGUAUUUCAGAACUGCACCCUCCUCCUGCCGUUGCUUGUGGCAGCAUUUAGAAAGAUUUCUGUGGUCUGCAAAACAAACGAGAGCUGCGGAGCCAUGGGUGAUGAUCCGCACGGGAGCAGUAACCCCUGAGCCAGGACAUCAGCAUGCUCCUUCGAGGGAGGAACAGCCCCACGUGCCACCAGGACGACCUGAAACGGCAGCUGUCUGGUGUAAUAAGUGCAUGGUUCUGAAGGACCACCUGCCCACACCUCCCGGCUGUGCUCCUCCAUUCCACAUGUGGGAAAGAUGUCAGUCAUGGGGUCUGGACUUCCUCAGGGUGAAUUAUGUUCAUUCAGCUAUGGCGAGGGACUAAACUACAGUACCAGUCAAAAGUUUGGACACACCGAGUCGCCUGCAAUGGAGUGCAUUACAUGACCUGGCCACCUGACCUAAACACAGUAGUCUUGGAGGAGUUUGACCAGAGAGUGAAGUGUGUGCUUUUAUUGUACCCUGUAGCUCUUGUUUGCUCAUGUUUGUUUUGCUGGUUACUCUGUUUCGGAAAGCUUUGCACUGUAUUCAGUUUCCAUUUUUCACUUUCAUUGUACUAAUUGUGUUUCAUUAUACAUUGUAAAGCCUUUUGUUUCAUUAAAUCUUAUCUAAUUUUUU